GCCUUACGCGGGGCGGGUUGGCCGCGCGCGUGCGCGGGGACACCUGGGGGGUGGCUGUUGAUCCGGGGAGGUCGGGGCCGGCAGGCGGAGCGUGGCAGGACUUGGCGAGAAGCUGUUUCCCUCCCCAGCCCUUGGCAUCUGCUUUUCAGGACUCAGCCACUCCCAAAGGGAUGGAGAAAGGCAGCUGAGACGCCCCCGAGGCUCCUGCAAACGGCCUCAGGGACUGGCCUCAUCUUACCUAGUUUGGCUUCCUGGGGGUGGGCAUUUCUUCCCAGCCUGCUCUGGAUCCUUUUUAGCAGCGCUACAGACCAAAGGAGAUGGAAGAAAAGGAGCGAUGUGAUAAAUUCCAGCUGGUAUCCUGAUGCUAAGUGGAUUUAAAUCUUAUUUUGAUAUUUUUGGGGGAGGAGACAGAGGGAAGGAAAUACCCCAACAGCAACUUUUUAUGGGGUGGGGGAGGAAGGGGGGAGGGAAAAAAUGUUACAGAUUCCUAAGUUAUUUUUGCAAGCAAUCAAUUACUAAACAAACUGAAGCACAAGAGGGUUUGCCAGCUGGAAGCAGGAUUUGCCUAUAAAAGAAGGGAUCAGUGGGCUCUUGUUUUGAUUGCAGAGAGGGGGAGAAACUUCAGACUCCUCUGUUUCUCACUAUCCUCUCACAACUACCCUAUGAAAAAAUGAGUUGCGUGCCAUGGAAAGGUGACAAAACCAAAUUGGAGUCUCCUGAGCCACCACAGCUGGCACCACUGUGUAUUUACCAUGAGAAACAGCGUAGGGAGCUGUGUGCUCUCCAUGCCCUCAAUAAUGUCUUCCAGGACAGCAACGCCUUCACCCGGGAAACACUGCAAGAGAUUUUCCAGAGACUGUCUCCCAACACCAUGGUGACACCGCACAAGAAGAGCAUGUUGGGAAACGGGAACUAUGAUGUGAAUGUCAUCAUGGCAGCGCUUCAGACCAAAGGCUAUGAAGCAGUUUGGUGGGACAAGCGCAGGGAUGUUAAUGUCAUUGCCCUCUCAAAUGUGAUGGGCUUCAUCAUGAAUCUGCCCUCCAGCCUCUGCUGGGGUCCCCUGAAGCUCCCCCUUAAACGACAGCACUGGAUCUGCGUCCGGGAGGUGGGAGGCACCUACUACAAUCUUGACUCCAAACUCAAGAUGCCGGAGUGGAUUGGAGGUGAAAGUGAGCUCAGGAAAUUUUUGAAACAUCAGCUGAGAGGAAAGAACUGUGAACUUCUGCUGGUGGUGCCAGAGGAGGUGGAAGCACAUCAGAGCUGGAGAGCUGACAUGUGACCUGGAUAAUGGGUGCCCUAGUUCUUUUCCUCUGGAACUUCCUUUCAUUGGUCUCUUUUCUUUCUGUAUUGAUGGUGCAAUAGGACAGUGGCAUAGGGUAUUGUGGGGGCCAGAAUGGAUGAGGAAGGAAGCCAGUCACUUUUUAAUGAGGAGGAGAGGAGAGUGAGCUCUAUGCUUUUAAGCUGAUUACCUUGCAUAGUGCUCUUUAAAAUAGGCUUUGGGGAUAGGGUGUUUGGAACACUCUGCUGAUUCUUCCCCAUACCCCAGUAUCUUAAAGACUAAUUGUGGUUGGACACUACUCCCUUCAGACUUAACAAAACUACUUUGGAUGGAAGGGGUCAAGCAUGCUGCCUCCUCUCUGAAACAGUCUCUAUCCCCAGAGCAAACUAUUCUGGAUACAUUUGUAAAUCAUGGGGGACUCUCAGGAAACUGUCGAACACUAGCAAUGGUAUGGUGCUCUGUAAAAUCUCCUGUUUAGUGAGGUUUUGUGCCAAGGGUUAGGGACAACCCAUCUUUAAAGAAACUCUUGGGAUAGGUUGGGGGAUUCUUCUCUAAUGUUUUUAAGGAUUUUGGUAUGCACAUGGCUUAGAUGCUUCUUUGGAUAGGGCAGGCUGAUUAGGGAGUAGAAGUGGUAACAAGUUUAGGCUGGUUCAGAAGCAUCACAUCUGGAGUGAGAGAGGCCACCGGGGGUUUUCGUUGGUGUGAUAUAUAACAUCUUAAUUGUUCCCGUAUGUGCACUUGUUAGUUCAGGAGCUGAUUGCAGAGAAGGGAAUGAAACUGAAGGUGUUUAAGAGGAAGGAGGGAGUCUUUCCCUCUUAUUUUCCUCCUCUAUGGAAGACUAGCCAUGGCCAUGAGAGAGGAAGAAACAGUGGAGAAACUCUUCUACAAAUAAACUAGGAGUUACGCAAAGCAAAAUCAAAAAGGCAUUGCAAUUCUAGACUUCUCUGCCUCCUAUCAUCAUUAGCAGUUACUGGGAGAGAUGUGUACAGGGUUCAUGAGAGAGUCUUCCUGAUGGUAAGGGCAGAUUGUCUAGCAUGGUAGCUGAAUCUAGUACUUUGGUUUUGGCUGACAGACAUUCCUGACUGCUUAAUCACCUCACCCUCCAUUCCCUCCUGCAGAGAAAAGUGACUAAGAGACAGGGAGACUCCAGUAGGAAUCUUUCAGGUUUUUUUUUCUGUGCCACCAGGUGCUGGGUGUAGUUUAAUCAUUCUUUCCACAGCAGAAAGAGGAAAGGGUGAGUUUGGGAUGAAUUUCACACUACUAUUGACUCUUCCUGGUCAAGCUACAUUACGACUGUUUCUCAUUUCCUAAUGUACAUGCUGUCCUAGUUAUAACAGCAAGUGUAGAACAGUGAUGGAAACCACCCUGGGUAAGCAACUGUCUGAAGCUAAACUUACAAACCACCAAAGCCUUCCCUUUGCAACAGAAAACAGAGGCCAUGUGGCAACAGGACAAGAGUGGUGGUGUGGUCAACCCUGGACAUCCUACAGUCACCAUGCUGCAGCCUCCUGAUGACACAUUGGCAGUGGCUCUUCUGCACGUUCUACAGUCCAAACUCAAUGUGUCUAUUUCUACAAGAGCCCUACUUCCUUCUUACCACCACAUUCCAAUGACCAAAACCAGCUGGCAGAAAUUUUAAACACAUCACAAGCAGGAAUUCUGCUUAUGACUUGAAGCCAUUUUCUAAAAGGGAAGGGGGAAAAAAAAAUCAACAGCAAAAGAAUUUUCUAUGCUGAUUAAAAUCGCACUUUGGAGAGACCCUGUUUGCAUGGAAGCCGCAAGCCAAUGGAUCAGUGCAUAAUAUGCAAAGAUGUUUUAAAAACAUGGUAGGACUGCCUCCCUAUAUUUGUAUCUAAUGUCACUGCUUCCCCCAGGGAAAGGGUGUGAUCCAGCUGCUCAGGAAAAGGGAAACUGUAUGAUCACAUCCCUGGGGAAUAGUGCUGUAGUGACAGAGGGAGGGGAAACAGACUAAUCCCACUGCUUAGGAGUGGGGAAGCCCGAGUUUGUUUUCUUGCUUGUUUGGUUUUGUUAUAGCCUUGUCUUGGGUUUGUUUACAGAGAUGUAUUUUGUUUAACCAAAUAUUAAAAAUGGAAAAAUCUCCAUAUAAAGCGUCCUGUCACUUCUGUGUGUUCAGCUGAAUUGUUCUGUAACAUGGUAUGUAAAAACAAAAAUAAAUUGUUCUUUGUUAUGAAGUUGUGGCCUUCUUGGGAGACACCACCUUCUGAGCUCUGAUAUGGAACCAUCUAGUCGACUAUAGGUAAGCCUAGGAUACCACUCCUGAGACAUUGCUUUAAGUUAUCCAAAACUUCUCACCUAUCUAAGCUGUCUUAAGGUGGAACCAUCUCAUCUCCCACCCCAUCAAGCUAACACUGUGUACAUACAACUAGAUGAUAACCACCUAUCUGGGUUCAAAGCUAUAACAUCUACUCUAAUUUUCCAUUAGUAUCUGGCUGGGACAAGGGAUGUCUACUAAAUACACCAUGUUUGGGUUGAAUUUAUUUAAUACUUAAUACAAAAAAGUAUGCAGCUGACUUCUGAAAUGUAGUAGUUUUAUGAUGCAAACAGAAUUGACCCAGGCACAGUCUUCAACCAAAUGUGCUCUCCUUUCCUCCUCCAACAAAAGAGAGUGCAAGGAAAAUAUUUGAAAACAAGUUUUCCCCACAGAACUUCGAUGAAACUUACUACUCUGCCUCUUGGUAAAUAUACACCUUCCUUUCUAUUAGUGGCCUCUUCUGGCCUUGAUUUAGCCAGGAGAAAUAGAGGUUUUUCUUUUGAUUUGCAGAAUUUACUGAACAAACUGGCCAAAACCUAACUUGUGGCCUAAGGUAAGGAGUCCACAGCAGGAGCUCUUCACUUUAAAGUCUCUAAUUGCUCACUGCAUGGACUCAUUGAAUAAAAGGAAAAACUUGUGACAUCUGGAGGGGAAACUACAGGAGAAGCCCAUCAAAAAAAAAAAAAAAGGAAAAAAAAAGGGUCCAGGAGAGGGGAUUUUGCCCCAUUAUGGAUAGGUCCGUGUCCCAAGGUUU